CAUCCAAAGGCAAAAAAAGGGAUUUUAGACGACUCGCCCCGGUUCAUCGACUCGAGCCGCGUGCACCCCGGUGUAGCCUGUCCCCGCUGCCCCAAAUUUUUUUUGUCCUCUUGGACUCCGAAAGGUCGGAAUUAGGAUCGCUUCUUAGGAUCACCAACAACCGUUGACCAUGCCCGCCGAAGCUCCCCUUGCGCUCAGCCAGCGCAUUGUCGAUGUGCUCGACAACAAGAAGGCCUCUGUUGAGGACAAGGUCGCGGCCCUCGAGGAGGUCAAGGCCAUCCUAGAGGGUGACAACCUCAAGGCCUACGAGCCUUAUCUCGUGGAGGUGCUGCUUCCUUGCCUCAUUGCCCACUACGAUGACAAGGUCUCGGAUGCCAAGAAGCUCCUCAAGAAGGUGGCCCAGACCCUCAUCGACAACUGCAACAAGUAUGCCGUUGAGCGUGUCGUCAGCAAGCUCUUUGAUGCCAUGGACGAUGCUCAGAAGUGGAAGGUCAAGCAGGGUGCCUGCCAGCUCCUUGGUCGCCUCGCCAAGAAGGCCAAGAAGAAACUCUCGCACUGCAUUCCCGAGAUUAUCCGCGUCGUGCCCCACCUCAUCCUCGACAUCAAGAAGGAGGUCGGUGAUGCCGCGCUCGAGGCCGUCGAGAAGUGCGUCGAGGUCAUUGACAACAACGACAUCAAGAAUGCCGUGCCCCAUCUGCUCAAGGCCAUGAACGAGGUUGAUGAGGUCCCCGAGUGCGUCCACACUCUGGCUUCCAUCAAGUUCGUCCAGACUGUCGAUGACGCCACCCUUGGUCUCGUCGUGCCUCUGCUCCUCCGUGGUUUCUCCGUCAAGAAGACCUCGACCAAGCGUCAGUGCUCCGUCAUUAUCAACAACAUGUCCCGCCUCGUCGAGAACCCCAAGGAUGCCGAGCCCUUCCUCCCCACCCUCCUCCCCGCCCUCGAGCGCGCCUCUGAGGAGAUCUCCGACCCCGAGGCUCGUGAGGUUGCCGACAAGGCUCGUGCCCAGCUCGUGCGCAUCAAGGAACACGCUGAGGAGUACCGCGCCAAGCACCCCGAUGACCCCAGCGAUAUCAUCAAGCUCUUCAGCGACAAGAUUGGUGCCGGCAAGGUUGAGAAGAACCAGGUGGUCUUUGACUACGCUGCUGCCGCUGCCGCAUCUCUGAACCACUCCAAGAAGUACAAGAAGGACCUCUGGACCAGCAACGUUGGUGGCUUCAUCGCCGCUGCCCUGGACCAGGCCGCUGCAGACGCCGCCGUCGAGGCUUCCCUCUCCGUGCUCGAGAAGGAGGUCAAGUUCGAUGAUGACGAUGAUGAGGAUGAUGGUGCCGAGGUGCUGUGCGACUGCAAGUUCACCCUUGCUUACGGUACCAAGAUUCUGCUCCACAACACUGACCUCAAGCUCAAGAAGGGCCGUCGCUACGGUCUCCUUGGCCCCAACGAUUGCGGCAAGACCUCGCUCAUGCGCGCCAUGGCCAACCACGAGCUCGAGGGCUUCCCCACCACCCUCCGCACCGUCUUCGUUGAGGCUGAUAUUCUCGGCGAGCUCUCACACUUGAGCUGCCUCGAGUACGUCUUUGCGGAUGAGGCCAUCCAGCAGUGCGGUGUCAACCGCGACGAGAUUCGUGCCAUGCUCCAGAAGGUCGGCUUCACCGCCAAGAUGUGCGACGAUGCCGUCACCACUCUCUCCGGUGGCUGGCGUAUGAAGCUCGCCCUGUCGCGUGCUAUGCUUCAGAAGGCCGAGAUCCUCCUCAUGGACGAGCCCACCAACCAUCUUGACGUUAUCAACGUUGCCUGGGUCAAGGAGUACGUCAACAACCUGAAGAACGUCUCCGUCAUUGCCGUGUCCCACGACUCUGGCUUCCUUGAGGAUUGCAUGACCGACAUCAUCCAGUUUGAUGGCCUCAAGAUCCGCCAGCACCACGGUAGCCUUUCCGCCUUUGUCGAGAAGGUGCCCGAGGCCAAGUCCUUCUUCAGCCUCAAGGAGUCCAAGGUCAAAUUCUCCUUCCCCAACCCCACCUUCCUCGAGGGCGUCAAGUCCAAGGGUAAGGCCCUGAUCAAGAUGACCGACUGCGCCAUGAUCUACCCCGGCAACGACACCCCCACCGUGUCUGGUGUCUCCGUCCAGGUCUCCCUCUCGUCCCGUGUGGCCUGCAUUGGUCGCAACGGUGCCGGCAAGUCCACCGUCAUCAAGAUGCUCACUGGUGAGCUUCCCCCAACCACUGGUACCGUCUGGUCUUUCCCCGGCCUCAAGAUGGCCUACGUUGCCCAGCACGCCUUCCAUCACAUUGAGGAGCACCUGACCAAGACCCCCAACGAGUACAUCCGUUGGCGUUACGAGUUUGGAGAGGACAAGGAGGCCCUCGAGAAGGACACCGUCAAGCUGACCGAUGAGGAGCUGGAGUUCAUGGCCAAGCCUGUCAACUACGAGUACGAAGACGACAAGGGCAACCUCAAGCGUGAGCAGCGUGUCAUUCGCGAGCUCACCGGUGCCCGCCGCGACAACCCCGAUAAGAAGAAGGGUGGCUACGAGUACCAGCUCAUCUGGGAGAAGAACGGCAACCGCGAGUGGGUCCACGGUGAGCAGCUCGAGGAGUGGAACUGGCACAAGCAGCUCAAGUCUGUCGACGCCAAGGUCGAGGCUCGUGAGGGCAUGUACCGUCGUGCUCUGACCACCUCCGCCGUCGAGCAGCAUUUGAUGGACGUUGGCCUCGAGGCUGAGUACGCCACUCACUCUCGUAUUGGCGCCCUGUCCGGUGGCCAGAAGGUCAAGGUCGUCCUUGGUGCCUGCACCUGGAACCAGCCCCAUAUCCUGAUCCUCGACGAGCCCACCAACUACCUCGACCGCGAGUCUCUCGGUGGUCUGGUCAAGGCCAUUGAGGAGUACGAGGGUGGUGUUGUCAUCAUCUCCCACAACGACGAGUUCUGCUCCACUCUCUGCCCCGAGACUUGGUACGUCGGUGAGGGCCGCCUUGACUGCAAGGGUGAUGCCGACUGGAUGAAGAACGCCAUGAAGGAGAAGACUGAGUUUGAGAUGCUCGACGAGGUCACCGAUGCUCUUGGCAACGUGACCAAGGUCGCUCAGCCCAAGAAGAAGGAUCUCAGCCGCAAGGAGAAGAAGAAAGCCGCCAAGAUCAAAGCCGCCAAGAAGGCUCGUGGUGAGGAGGUCUCGGAUGAUGAGGAUUAAGCCUCGAACCAUCUGAGUCUAGCUCACAGUCUCUGGGCCCGUGGGUUGCGGAUUUUUAACACCCGCCCCGUCGGUAUCUUGAUGUGCCUUUCUUGAGUUUUUUUUAUCUCGUUCUUCUACCGUGUUUAGCAGACGGGCCUCUCUAUCUUCCUUGCGUGUCUUUUCUAUAAUGCACGUCUUCAUGCACGAUGCAUGCGCCCGGCAGUUAGGCCGAGCCGCCGUGUUGGUUGCAGUUCUUUCCCUCGCCUUGAAGUCGUCCCUGUCAGUUGUCUCUGCAUGUCUUGUCAAAUGUCAGUGUGUUAGACUUCGGCGUUCCCUUCCUUUUUUUGGUGCUUGAGAAUUGAUCCUCGAA